AUGACAGAAGAAGCAAAAUCAACAGAAUUGCCUUCGGAGCUGCGGUAUAUUCAGUAUGAGCAUGCGCUCGAGAAGCAAUAUCUGCCUUCGAUCCGCGCUCUCAUCUCGAAGGAUCUGAGCGAGCCUUACAGUAUCUAUGUCUACCGCUAUUUCUUGUAUCAAUGGGGCGACUUGUGCUAUAUGGCUCUAGACCCAAAAACCAACACUAUGAUUGGCGUCGUGGUCUGCAAGCUCGAAACCCAUCAGUCUCACUCUCCUCCUACUCUACGCGGAUAUAUCGCUAUGCUAGCUGUCUCCUCCACUCACCGUAAUCAUGGCAUUGCUACGACACUGGUCAGGAAGGCUAUUGACGCUAUGAUUGCACGGAAUGCGGACGAGGUCGUUUUGGAGACCGAGGAGACAAAUAUCCCAGCCAUGAAACUUUACGAGAGACUGGGUUUCUUAAGAAGUAAGAAGCUGCAUAGGUACUAUUUGAAUGGAAACUCGGCAUACAGGCUGGUGUUACAUUUGAAGAGGACACAGGAUAUGGUUGGCGAUGUAGGAUCGUGGGUGAGGUAA